ACGCGUGGGAGGGGGAGCCGAAGCCUUCGGAGCGGAAGUGGAACGCUGUUGAGGCGGCGGCGUCCUGCUUGGAGGCUUCUCCUCUGCGGCUUCCGAAGGUUCUUCCUUUCUCGAGUGCGUCGGCGGUGGCGCUUGUAGGAGCCAAGACAACUCCAAGACUUGAAAACACUGGAAAUCUGUGGGCUCCAGAUUCCUGUGCUAGCCAGAGGAUGAGUUACCGGUGGGCAUGAGAAUUUGAGAACAUCUGGCCUCCCUGCAGACCUGGUCCAUACAGAUCAUUUCCUUCCCUAUAGGUUGGAGACAAAAAGCACAAUGAGUACUAGAAAGCGUCGUGGUGGAACAGUAAAUUCUAGACAGACCCAGAAGCGAACCCGGGAAGCAGCCUCCACCCCUGAGAUGGCCUUGGAAACAGAACCCAUUGAACUCGUGGAAAGUGCUGGAGAUGAAAUAGUGGACCUCACCUGUGAAUCCUUAGAGCCCGUGGUCGUCGACCUGACGCACAAUGACUCUGUCGUGGUAAGUGUUAAAAGGAGGCGGCCGAGGAGGAACCCAAGGCGGCCACGCCAGGACCACGCCGACAGCUGUGUGGUGAGCAGUGACGAGGAGGAGCUGUCCAGGGACAGGGACGUGUUUGUGACUGCCCACGCUGCCAGAAAUGGCAGGGAGGAGGCGACUGCAGGACUCAGGCCCUCGGGUACUGUCAGUUGUCCGAUCUGCAUGGAUGGGUACUCAGAGAUUGUGCAGAAUGGACGUCUCAUUGUUUCUACAGAAUGUGGCCAUGUCUUCUGUAGCCAGUGCCUCCGUGAUUCCCUUAAGAAUGCUAACACUUGCCCAGCUUGCAGGAAGAAGAUCAGCCACAAGCGAUACCACCCCAUUUACAUAUGAAGUGUUGGGAGUUGCUGAGCUGCUCAGGAGACAGCAGACAGACAGACAGCCUGGCUGGGGUCUCCAUGCAGCCAUACAUGAGUUAUCUGCCUCCAGUUUCCUGAGCUCAAAAAGACUUUCAAAACCAACGUCUGCUACGUAAACUGCUCUCUUGUUUCCAACCCCCUCUUAGAUCCCUUUGUUACCUCCAGUUUUGUGCUGUGGAGCUGGAGCUGGGCGCUCCCAGGCCAGGUCUGCAUCUCUGCUCCUUUAGUUUCAGGGUAGGAGAGGGAGGCAGGCACACUGGAAUUGAAAAAUGUGGCUCCAGCCUCUUUGCCAAACCUGAACGUUUGUCACACAGUUUCCCCUUCUUGGAAAGUGCCCCAGCUCCCUGCUGGUUGGUGGUGUGGAGGGGCUGGCCCUGGCCGGAGUGAGCAGGCCUGCCCAGUUCUCCCAGGCACGCUACCUCGUCCCAGGCUUCCACCCCCACCACAGUGACCAAGGCAGACAUGGCCCGCCGGCCCGAGAAUCCCAGUGCGAGCACAGCCCGGGAGAGACUAGUCGCUGCACCCGGCUCUUGCUCCCGAGUCUGAGGUCACUGUGACUGCCUGCACCUCGGUGGUGGCGUGCAGGGAUUUCGGCACAUCAACAGAGCCUGUGUGGGGCAGUGCCCGGGUGCCUAGGAACGCAACAUGCAGGAAGGCGUUCUCUGCUGACUGCCGGGUGGCCCAGGAGGUGUAGUGCUGUUGGGUCCCUCAGAGGCCACCUGUUGCCUGUGCAGCGGUGCCUGUCCCAUCCUGUCCUGUUCACAACCUGUCCUCAGGAGCCUUCCCUGUGCCCCAGAGCUGCGCCGGGAAAGCAGGGCAGGCAUGUGUCCAGGUGUCCUCUUCUGAUCAGAUCCAUUGUGUGUCUGCCACAUGCCCUCAGUCCUCAGUUCCCACUGCCUGAUGCCCACUCAGGCAUAGAUACGGGGAGGUGGUGGCAGUAAUCGUGGCCUUAUCAGCUGCCCAUGUCCACACUUGCCCAGGUCACAGCACCCCACGUUUCAGAGUAGGGCCCCCCUGACAUAGCGGGGCGCUGCCUCGGCCUUCUCACCCACCCCACCUGCUGACAUUGAUUCCAGGAACUGCUUUUCUGGCUGUCUGGGCUUGUGACUACCGCAUAGAUUUUGGUUGGCAAGAGUACGGUGGCUCUCCUUCCCAAGGGGCCCAGAUGGUACCCUCCUCCACCCAACCCCACGGGUCCUUGAGGAGGCAGAGGGCGGCCCAAGCUGCCCCUGACAGCUCAGGGCUUGAGAUGGCCUGGCCAGCAGGGGAGAGGCCUUCCAGUGCCGGCCUGCCUUCACCUCCAUGCACUCCUUCCUCAGAGGGCUUCAAGCCCAGCCAGCAGCCUGUUCGUAUGUAACAUCUUCAAGGUGGAGAAGGGGCCUCUUCUGGCUUUGCUAGCAAUAACUGACCUUCAGGCUACCCUUCUGAAGGAGCAGGGACUUGGCACGAAUUCACUGUAAGCGGGGCUGAAGGAGUGUCCCUCUGUGUGAAAGAAAAUUGUUUUAUUCUUUGUUCUGACUUUUUAACUGUUUGGCUCACUUCCAGUUAGUGUGAGUGAAAGUAUUCAUUUUCUGUUUGAGUCAAGGAGGGCAGACCGUCAGUUCUCGUGGUGCGCGGGGCGAAUGCCCUCCAGUUGGGUGUGCUGCCUGAGUUCCUUCUGGCCUUCUCACACACACUUCCAUGUUCUAACAGCACAGCAGCCAGACUUCAGGAGCCAAGACAACCGUGCAGCCAAAAUCUCUUAAGUUUUAUGCUUAAGAGCAAAUGGUUGAUCAUAAAAGUUGUAUUCUUUCAUAUACUAAAUUAAAUUGGGGAAAAAUGUUGUUUUUGCUAUUCAGAAACUACAAAACAGGAAAAGGUUGAUAUGAAGAAAUCCCUUUCCCUUCCUCAGUGUACAUAGUUCAAAUCUUGCUUUGUUACAUUUAAACUAUAUCCAUGUAUGUCAGUCUGUUUUGGGCUCCUCUGCUAGUGUUACAAAUGGAAAUAAAACCAUUAAUUUGAACCAAAUA